AUGGCUCAUGAAAAUACCAAUGUCAACGGGCCCGCCAAGAAUUUCCCAUGGCUGCAGAUGGCACAGUUCAACACAUCGGACCCCGAAUCUUGGAUGGAUUGCGCGGAGAGCUUCUUGAGUAUGUCAAAGGUGACAGACCCAACGGAAAAGUGCUUGUAUAUAAUAAGCAAGAUGGACUCUCACGCCCUCAGAGAGACAGUGAAAACUCAGAGGCUUCUGGAAGGAGAGGAGAUCGGUGACCGAACGCCGUCACAGUUCCUGCGGCAUCUCAAAUCGUUAGCGGGCAGCGCUAUGCCUGAAGACGUGUUGCGAGUUAUUUGGACGAAGGGCCUACCUACCGACAUGCAAGCAGCUGUCGUGGCCAAGAGAGAUACGCCACUCGACGCACUUGCCGACAUUGCAGACCUCGUAGCAGAAAACGUUAGGCUACGGUGCACGAGGCCAUCGCCCCCGGUAGCAGCGAUCUCCACACACGACACUGAUGAGCGUUUACGCCGGCUGGAAGAAAACAUGUCGCUCCUCAUAAAGAACUUGCAACAGGCACAAGUAAGCGAGGUAGAUGCGAGAAGUAGCAGGCCACGCGGUCGUGCGAACUCACGCUCGCGAACACCAUCACGGUCUAGAACUAGACCAGCGGACUGGCUGUGUUGGUACCAUCAUCGCUACGGUGCACAAGCGAGGAAGUGCAUUGAACCAUGCCCCUACAACAAACCACAGCAGGGAAACGCCAGCGGGAGUCAUUAA